CGAACGUGGCGCUCCUCAAAAGACGGCGCGGUCAAAGGUCCGGUCCGCCUUCGGUUUUGCUUUCGUGGAAUUGAACGACACUGGGAGCUCGCGUUCCCGCAGUCUUUCCCGCAGUUCCGGGAAAGUUAGACGACGAGCAAGAGGAGGGAGUCUUCAGCUCUGGUGGACAAAUCGUCCCAAAAAAAUUUGUCAACCUGUUGAUGCUGUCGCUGAAUUGGAAGAAGCGAACCGUCGCUCGGGAUAUGAAGAUGCCCCAUUUUUUUGACUCCCUCACGACGCAAAGCCUCGUCGUCAAAAGCUUCUCGUCGGACGUCUUCAACACGAGCGCCCGGCCGCCCGAUCCGAACGCGGCCGCCGCUCCGCUUAACCUCAGCCAACAAGGGCUCCCGCGCUGCACCUACAAGGAGGACUUCAAACGGAUCCUCCUCCCGGCCGUCUACACGUUGGUCUUCCUGCUCGGCAUCCCGCUUAACGCCGCGGUCAUCCUGAAGAUCUGGAGGAGGCGGCCCAGCCUUUCCCGCAGCAACAUCUUCAUGCUUAACUUGGCCAUCGCCGACUUCCUGUAUGUGACAUCACUUCCUCUGCUAAUAUACAACUACGCCAGCCACGACUACUGGCCCUUUGGAGAGUUUGCGUGCAAACUGGUCCGAUUUCAGUUCUACAGUAACCUCCAUGGCAGCAUCCUCUUCCUCACCUGCAUCAGCGUGCACCGCUACAUCGGCAUCUGUCACCCCCUGGCGAUGUGGCACAAGCAAGGCGGCCCCAGGCUGGCGUGGCUCAUUUGCGGGGCUGUGUGGCUGGUGGUGGCCCUCCUCUGCGCGCCCACCUUUCACUUCGCCUCCACGGGGACCCAGCGAAACCGCACCGUCUGCUACGAUUUAAGCGCGCCGAAGCGGUCGGUGGACUACUACCCGUACGGCAUGGCCCUCACCUGCCUCGGCUUCCUCGUCCCUUUCACGGGUGUGAUGAUGUGCUACUGCAGAAUGGCCCGCAUCCUUUGCCUGCCCGUGUCCUACCACGGCGUCAACAUCCAGACGAGGGACAAACGCGACAGGGCGGUGAAAAUGAUCAUCGUGGUGGCGGCCGCGUUCUGCGUCAGCUUCCUGCCCUUUCACCUCACCAAGACCUCGUACCUGGCGGUGCGCACGCUGCCCAGUGUGUCCUGCAAGACCAGGAACCUGUUUUCGAUCAUCUAUAAGAGCACCAGACCCUUUGCCAGUAUGAACAGCUUUCUGGACCCCAUCCUCUUCUACUUCACGCAGCCGCGGUACAGGAGGAGCACCAAAAGGUUCGUUCUCAGGGUCACCACCUACAGGGAUAAGGACCGCUCUGCGUGAUUCAACAUGGCCACCCACCGACCUUUUUUCCCCCCACUUCAACAGCACAUUGAGAAAAGCUUUGGAACAAAAAAUUAAGAGACCACUGCAAAAUUGUCGAUUUCUCCGAUUUUGCUAUUAAAAGGUAUAAACGCAAAGCAAAUUUAUUUGUGUAGCGCGUUUCAUAGACGAGGUAACUCGAUGUGCUUUACAUGAUUAAAGGCAUUUGAAAACAAUGAGAUAAAACAUUUAAAAUGGGGAAAAAAACAAUAAAAACGAUAAACAAAAUAUUUUAAAAAAUAAUUAAAACUGCAUACAGUGCAAGUAAUAUGAUCAAAAAGUGGAUAUAUUCUAAAAAGCACGUUUUCAACUUGGAUUUAAAAACAUUCCCACUUGGGUUGACCUCACCUCUGUCGGCAACUUCUUCCAUUUCUGUGCAGCAUAAUCGCUAAAUGCUGCUUCGCCAUGUUUGCAUUGGACUCUGCGCUCCACUUUUUGACCCGAGUCAGUCGAUCUCGGAGCUCUACUGGGGUUUGAAUUCCGUAAGCAUUUCUUUUAUGUAGUCAGGACCUAAAUCAUUGAAUGAUUUAUAGACCAGUAGCAGAACUUUAACAUCUAUUCUAAAGCUGACUGGAAGCCAGUGCAAGGACUUUAGGAUUGGAGUUCUAUGCUCUGACCGCUUUGUUUUGGUCAGAACGCGAGCUGCGGCAUUCUGAAUGAGCUGCAGCUGUUUAAUACUUUUUUUUUUUAGUCCAGUCAAAAGACCAUUACAAUAGUCAAAUCUACUUGUGAUAAAAGCAUGGAUGAGCUCUGCAUACAAGACUUCACUCGCGAUAUGUUCUUCAGAUGGUAGAAGGCAGUUUUUGUGAUUGAUUUGAUAUGAUUGUUGAAAGUCAGGUCGGAAUCAAUCAGAAUACCAAGGUUUCGGACUUGGUCUCGGACUUGGACUUUGGUUUUUAAAGAUAGAGAUACUGUUUGUUUGAGUUAAAAAAAAAAAAAAAAAGCAAUGAGAAUAGCCAAAAUACCCCAAAAAACAGUCCCAAUUUUGUCAUUUUUAAUUUCGUAUGUGUAUACUGUACAUAUAUUUUGUGUCAUCUUUGUCAUAUAAACCCAGCAUUCCGAUGGGGGUCGGCGACGGAUGAUGCUGCAAGUUAAUCCCGUCUUUACUGACAAGUGUUCUUAGUUGUUCUGAUGACCUUUGCGUGUUAGUGGAAUGAGUAGAAUAGGCGGCCUCACAGUUCGGAGGUCCUGGGUUCGAUCCCAGUUUGCAUGUUCUCCCCGUACCUGCGUGGGUUUCCUCCGACAUCGCAAAAACAUGCAAGAUUAAUUGGACACUUUAAAUUGCCCAUAGGUGUGAUUGUGGGUACGACCGUAGUCUGUCUCUAUGUGCCCAGCGAUUGGCCGGCAACCAGUUCAGCGUGAACCCCGCCUCCUGCCCAUUGACAGCUGGGAUAGGCUCCAGCAAACCCCGUGACCCCCGUGAGGAUAAGCAGCAAAAGAAAUGGAUGGAAUGAGUAGAAUAUGCUGCAUCUACUGUCUGACGUGCACAAAAGACCCUAAAAGUUCCACAUCACUGUAAAUAUCGUAUGGUCAGUUUAAAUAAUGCACUAGGUUAAAGCCAGUUUUUUUACUGUAUAUUUUUGAUAUUUCCUUGCUAGUGACGAAUGUGAACAGCGCUCUGCUCUGCAACUUUGAAAUGUUUCUCUAAAGUAUGAACUGUACAUUGUGUAGCAUUGCAUCGGGUGUUUUAUUGUGAAUUAUAGCGAUAUGAUGCUGUAUUUUGCAGAAGCAACAAUAACUACUGUUCAGUAUUAUGUUUUCUUUAACUAGUAUUGGUUUUUUUUGGACAGUUUUCAAAUUUCUCAUCAAUCUGUCUUGUUAUUGCCUUUUUCUUCCACUCGAUAGCGAUCCGCUAUAAAAGUCCUUUUUUUUUAGGUUUUGAACUAAAAACUUUUUUUUUUUUAACGCUGUGACACUUCACUGUUGAUUGAUCCUUGCAUUCCAAUUUGCCCAUGUAGUAUUAAUCAUGCGCUUAGAAAAUGUCUCAUGUUUCCUUUUAAAUAUAGUUUUGUAUUUUCUAAGGUUGACAUUUAUCUUACAUGAUACACAAAGUUGACAUUUUCAAUAUAGCCAUAAGUAAACACUUAUGGAAAUAUUGACUGUUGUGUAUGUUUUGUGUGUUCUGAACUGUGCCCACAGACGAGUUCCAGUGAAGAAUUCAAUUUUUGUUUUGUGAGUUUAAUAUGUUGAUUCUUUUGUCUUGCCAGUGAACAAUUUGUUGGAUGUCGCCGUUGCACUGAUUAAACCUGUCACUGAGACUAUGACUUUAUUUCUUUGUGUGUACAGACGGGCCCUUUAAAUUGAUUGACCCGGGGGAACCGAAUCGGGUUUUGUGAGCGAUCCCUGAAUGCGCAAAACAAAUCAGAACGUGAGAAUGCAAACUUCUAGCACUGGACUGUCCCAACAUUCACAUGCAAUAUGUGAAAUCGAACAUUUAAUUUGAAUUGUGUUACUGACUGGAUGAGGCGGCACGGUGGUAAAGCGUUGGCCUCACAGUUCUAAGUACACCCUGAACUGGUUGCCAGCCAAUCACAGGGCACAUAGAAACACACAAGAGUCGCACUCACAAUCACACCCAGGUGCAAUUUAGAGUGUCCAAUUAAUAUUGCGUGUUUUUAGGAUGUGGGAGAAAACUGGAGUGCCCGAAGGAAACCCACGAGAACAUGCAAACUCCACACAGGGAGAGCCAGGAUUGAACCCGGGACGUCAGAACUGUUAGCCCAAUGCUUUCCAGGUGCCCCACUGUGCUGCCUGUAGCCAUUUCCCUCCACAAAAUCUUAGACAUUUACCUAAACUCCAUUUUUCGAAAUAAAUUUUAUAGACUUUACAUACACAAUUGUACUUUUUUUAAACGUCAUCUACAGAAGACCAGUCCCAUGUUUCGCUUUAAAAUAAACUGUGGCCUUCAAAAAUGUUUGCCCACCCCUGAUGUAACGACUCACUCUGUCAUAUUUUCUAUUGUCCUGUGGAGGGAGCUGUAGUCAAAGUUUCCCCACUUUACUGCAUGAAUCCCCCUUAGAACAAAAAGACUCGUAAAGUAGGCAACUUUGUAAUGGAUGCACCUCAGAGGCCUUUUUGCGUAGGAGUGAAAAAGAUUCCUGGAUGCUGACGAUUCAACAUUUUCAUUUUAGAGAAAGUGAAAAUGUUCCCUGUUCAUGAUACGAAAUGAGACACAGAAACGUGCGCUGCCACCAAUUCGAGUCGUGCUUCUGCAGGGACUGCGGCACAUGCAUUCAGUGCACAGUAUCAGUCCCUUCUUAUCAAAAAGAGGGGUGGGGUGGGGGUUUCCUCU